CUAAAGUGCUGGCGGAGUCAGUUGCGCGACGGCAAUCGCUCCGACUAGUUGUGAGCUAGUAUACGUGACUCCGUAGUACUUUAUUUAUCCAUAUGAAACGAAUACGAAACGAUAUUUAUGCCUAUAAAAUUAGUUCGCGUUUGUUGAUUGCGAAUUGAGUACGGCGGGGAACGGCUGUGAUCGCAGCUUCAGUUCAACGGCAUUCACAAAAGCAGGCGAAUCGCGAGCCAAAGCUGUCAACGUCGACAUUUACGCGUCGUUGGAAGAGUUUUCGGUUCUGUGUUUAGUAAUCGCAGCUAUUAAGCUAUCUCGUUGACAUAUUUGCGGAUAUCGUAAUUGAAAAGAUCGAGUAGGGGUGUGUGCUUUGUUUACUACGACUAUUUUUUCCAUUUAUUAAUCCAUGAAGUGAAAGUGUUGUUGUUUAUUUUCCACUUGACUGAACUCAACUACGGAGUAGCUUAUUUACUAUUAACAAAUUCAGAUGCACCACAGAUCCGCGAUUCAAGACACACUGCGCCUCUCUCGUCUAGUGGCAGUUGUUGUUCUAGUGAUAGUUUUAGCAAAUGUGCCAUCAGCAUGCAGCGCACCGCUAGCUAGCUCAUUGCGUGACGUCUGCGGUCACACGCUACGCAGACCAAGCGGGUUUUUCGAUUCUACUUUCCUGAAGCGUUUCUUCAAACACUGGAUACCAUUCACCAGUUCCAUGCGCGUCAAAAUGCAAUUCUAUUUAUAUAAAAGGGAUUUUGCCGAGUGUGGACGUGAAAUAAUAACAGACGAUGGCAGCAGUUUGGAAAUGUCUGAUUUUAAUCCAGAUCAUCCAACCAGAAUAAUCAUACAUGGUUGGAUGAGUCAGAGCAAAGGCGCCUUGAAUCGUGCUGUCAAAAAUGCGUAUCUGAGUCUAGUCAAACGCGAGCCACUGUCAGAUGUUUCCACCGAAGAUGCCAACGUCGUCACCAGUGCACCAAUCAACAGUGUGUAUUUAAACAACAGUGAUCUCAAUGGCACUGUAACGCCGAGCGACUAUAACAUAAUCGUCUGUGAUUGGAGUAUUAUUUCGUCGAAUGUGAAUUAUUAUAGUGUCGUCGAAAUGGUUGAGGAUUUAGGUCGGUUACUUGCCGAUUUUGUUGGUUUUCUGCACCUGCGCACCGGCCUCAAUUAUAAUGAUGUCUAUUUGAUUGGUCACUCGUUGGGCGCACAAAUCGCCGGUAGCGCUGGCAAGCAAGCACAUCCCUACCGCUUCAAUACGAUCUAUGCGCUCGAUCCGGCCGGUCCAAAGUUUCGCGACGUCAGCGAUGAGUUUCGCGUCGAUCCAAGCGAUGCUGAGUAUGUCGAAUCUAUACAGACUAGCAGCAGUUUGGGUUUCGAAGAACCAGUCGGUCAUGCCACCUUCUAUCCCAAUUAUGGACGUGACCAGAAGAAGUGCUAUUUUUAUGGUUGCUCUCAUCGGCGGGCCUACCACUACUUUGCCGAAUCGAUUACCAGCAAAUUGGGAUUUUGGGGUACACUCUGUCGUCGUCAAUCGGAUGAUGUUUGGAUAUUUUCGGAGACGGGUGUGGAAUUUCGUAUGGGUGGCGAGCCCUCUACGCCAAAGAGGGGUACAUUCUAUGUCAAAACAGCAGCUAAGCCGCCAUAUGCACUGGGUCCAAAUAUACAACCGCAACGAUUCGUCACAGCUGCCAUAGAUAACGAAACAAAUGGACUAUUCGAAGACGAAAAUAAUUCUAUCAGCGAGUAUAAAUUUGUAUAGUUUUUAAGUGUAGAGUUUGAGUUCAAAAAUCAAAUCAAAAUAUAUAUAUUUAUUUUAGAAUGAUUUUAUUUAUUUGACAAAACCAUAUGGAAUUUAAAAUUUUUACUAACCCACCACCAGAAGUUGUAAAUAUGUCUAAUAAAUAAUAAAAAGUCUUUAUGACAUGAUGAGAUGUGAUA